ACACCCGACCAUUUCAGAUUAACGAAUCGGACCUUCCCCUCAUUUCUCCAUCGAUUCCCUAACCCUAAUUCUCCUGCUCGAGACCGAGAUCGAGAUCGAGAUCGGGAGCGGAGAAGGGCGAGAAGAGCAUAAGGAGAUGAGGUUCGGAUUCAUGGUUGGGAUCCUCGGAGGCUUCCUCCUUGCCCACGCUGGCUACGCGACCAUCCAGUACAGAGGGAUGCUGAAGAUCGUGGAGGAAGAGUUCUCUUGCCCUCCGAUGAACGUUGUGAUUGGACUACUACUAGGGUUAGCUCUAUGCAUAUGGGCAGCUCUUGCAUCUCCGGCAAAGUUUAAAUCAAUACAUCCGGAUUCUGAAGAAAAUAGGGUUGUAUCCUUACCGGCCAACUUGGAUUUCAUGAUCUUCAAUCACCGUGGCAAAGUGUUCCCAUCUAACGCAGAGUUCAAGUUGAAAAAGUAGGAUUUUUUUUUUUCAAGGCUGUGCCGGAUUGAAUGGUUUUGGGUUCAAGUAAUCUCGAUUCAGUAAAAAUCUCCUCCUGGAAACAUGUACGACAAUAGAUAAUUUUCCUUUCAAAAUUGAGUUUUGAAAGCCAACAUGUUUUGAAUCUUGGUUAGACUUUUAGUUCUUUUUGGUUUUAAGUGUAGUUCUAUCAUCAAUGUGUUAUGAAACUGAAUCCUGUGUCGAAUAUUAAAUAUGCUUUCAAUGAUUUGGUUUGGCUAGAA